AUGAUUGAUCAACAACAACAACCUGCUGUAGUGGUCGAUACCAAACAGGAGACCAUUUUGAUGUUCAAACAUUAUAUGGCAUCUAAAUUUGGAAACAAAGUACCAUUACAUCUAUCAGAGCCAUUCAACAUUGAUGUGGAAUAUGGCAUGUUCAGCUACUCUGGUACAUCACAAAAGUAUGACCUACUAAACAAACGACAUGAAGUAAUUGACAGCAUUAUGAUUGAUAGUAUAGUGAAUGUUGAGGUCAAUGUGUCACCUCCAUCUACACCUAGGGGAGGUGGUACAAUUUCCAGAGCCAAUGGGGCACAGAUUUCUGGUGAGGCCACACCAACAAGAUCUAAUAACAAAGCCAGUCACUUGUUGGGAAUGUUCGAUCCAACUCCAAUGUCACCAUCUACACCUUCAUCCAACAACACCUCUAGACCAAGCAAGGCCAAUAUACUCCUUGGUCUAGACUCUGCCCCAUCAUCGCCCAGCACUAGUAGCAGUAGCAGUAGUGGCAAGAAAUCAAAGCAACACACUGGACUUGGAACAUUUACACGAUCAGACAGCAAGACCAACCUGCGAGAGAUGACUGGAUAUGGAAGCAUUGGAGUUGGAAGUGGUUCAAUGUUGUCACAAUCAAUGGGCAUGGGCAUGUCAGGUGGAGGCACAUCAUCACCUAGAAGUCUAGAAUCAAGUCCAACACUUUACAGUUCUCAAUAUCAACAACUACAACAACAGCAAUCUGGACACUAUCAAUACAUCUUGAUGGUGUCCACCAAGACUCACAACUAUUCAUUCAACGUUCAGAAGAAGGAGGACACCAUUCAACUGGGCGACACACUUCGUAUACUGUCCAUGUCCAACUGCAACGCACUCAGUGAUGAGUUGCAGACCACUGUAAACUCAGUGUCAGAGUCACUGAGCCUCAUGUACAAAUGUCGCGCACCACCAAUACCCGCGCUUCCUCACACGCCACCUCCACUUCCACCUCAUCUACGUUCCAAACUGACCACGAUGAGUUCGUCCACACCCUGUUAA